AUGAGCUUUAAGUUUGCGAUUCCUCCUCUCACUAGCAGUCGAGAGAACCAUAGAGGCCCUUUCCCUUGUGAGGUAAUGGAGAUUAAGAUGUCUCAUUCGAAAGAUCUUACAAUCGUUUUUUCCAUCACUGGACCUGGAGCUGACCAACCUCCUCGCAACCUGUUCAUUAUUGAUGCAGAGACUGGAUGGCUGUGUGUCACACAACCAUUGGACAGAGAGAAGCAAGCCAAAUAUACACUCUACGUGCAUUCAGUUUUUGUUGGUGGAAGUCAAGCAGAUCCCCCCAUGGAAAUCGAUAUACUUGUUAUUGAUCAGAAUGAUAAUAAGCCGGUUUUCAUGCAAAAUCCAUUUCUAGGAAGUGUGCCUGAGGCAUCUAAAAUAGGAUUUGAGUUCAUGAAAGUUGUGGCCACUGAUGCAGAUGAACCAGGCAACAUGAAUUCUGAGAUCAGAUAUAAAAUACUGAGUCAGGAUCCACCCCUGCCCAACAAAAACAUGUUCUCCAUCAACCCUGUCACUGGAGCGACUGAACCUAACUCACCAGACUGGACAACGAGCUAUAAGAUAGUUGCUGGAGAUGAUCAGGGAAUGUUCAGUGUUAGCAGUGUAGCACACAAGCUAGACGGCAUCAUCACAACAGUUAAGCCCCUCGACUUUGAGAAGCAAUGUGAGCACCUCCUGCUGGUGACUGUGGAGAACGACGUCCCCUUCUCCACCCCACUGCUCACCUCCACAGCUACAGUGAAAGUGAGUGUGAAGGAUGAGAAUGAGGCCCCUGUCUUUCAACCACGAGAGAGGAAAAUCUCCAGACCUGAAGACCUGACUGCUGGCAGAGGAGUGGUUCUACAUUUACAUAAUGAUAUUGUCACCUCUAUAAUGUUGUGUCCCAGGUAUGAGAUUGGCAGUGAUCCUGCUGGCUGGUUGAUGAUCAACGAACAGACUGGACUUUCCACCGUCAAGAGCUCCAUGGACAGAGAAUCUGGCUUUGUGCAGCAUGGGAAAUAUACAGCUUUGAUUCUUGCUGUUGAUGAUGACGACCUUCCUGCCACAGGCACUGGGACACUGGUUGUCGAGGUGGAGGAUGUGAAUGACCACCCUCCAACCAUUAGGAAGACAGCCAUCGCUGUCUGCAACCAGGACCCAGUGCCUGUACUUCUGCCUGUUCUGGAUGGAGAUGGCCCAGGAUUCUCUGCUCCAUUCAGCGUGGAGCUCCUGGACCCAGAUCAUGAUGACUGGACAGCUGGUUAA